CCGGUAAAUCUUCAUAAACUCCGUUAACCGUUCCUCAUUCCCCAUUCCUACAUCCCUUUCGCUUCAAGUCUUCACCAUUUUUGCAACUACUUUUCUCCCUUUCUUCUUCUCCUCAGUGUUUCAGAUCACUUACUCUCUCUCUCUCUCUCAUUGGCUUUCACCAGAACUGGAGGAUUGCGCGAUUUCGUCUUCGGAGUUUGAACAUCUGUGAAGAAUAAUGAUAAACACACAACUAGUGGAGAUUCAACCUUGUGAACUCAAGUUCACAUUUGAGGUGAAGAAACAAAGUUCAUGUGCAGUUCACAUAGCUAAUAUCACAGACCAAUAUGUAGCUUUCAAGGUGAAGACCACAUCACCUAAGAAAUACUGUGUCCGGCCUAAUAUAGGUGUUAUCAAACCAAAGUCAACAUAUGACUUCACAGUUACAAUGCAAGCUCAGAGGACAGCUCCAUCUGAUAUGCAAUGCAAGGAUAAAUUUUUGAUUCAGUGCACAGUUGUUCCUUUUGGAACUAAUGAAGAGGAAAUUCCACCCAGCAUGUUCAACAAAGACAAUGGAAAAUAUAUUGACGAGUGCAAAUUAAAGGUUGUUCUGGUUAGCCCACCCCAGUCUCCAGUUCUGCAGCCAGCUAAUGGAAUUUCCAAGCAAGGUGCAUCUAUUGAGACUUUGAUGCAACAGGAAAAAUUCCCAAGUGGUGUUGAAAACCUUCCUCCAGCUCAAACUGUGGUUAAGAACAACAAGGAUAUUAAAUUUGAGGAAGAAACAGAGGAACCAAGAUUGGGUAACAUUGCAGACGUCAAAGAUCUGAACUUUGCAAAAAAUACCGAGUCCAAUAUUGAUGGAAUUGAUGAAACAAUAUGUCAAGUGGUUGAGAACAACAAUGGUGCAGAUUUUGAUGCAGAAGAAGAGGAGCCAAGAUUGGCUAAGACUGCGGAAGACGUCAAGUUGAAUUCUCCUAAGAACAGGGAGUCUAAUGCCAAUGAGGUUGAGGUUGUUAAAUCAAGACAUCUGAACAUGGAGACAAAAUUGUCACUAUCCAAAGAUGUUGAGGAGCUAAAGUCUAAGAUAAAUUCACUGGGUUCUCAGCUUAUUGAGGCUGAAUGCAUAAUUGCAAAGUUAAAAGAAGAGAAGCGAAGUACCAUCAAAGACGUGGAAAUUUUGAAGCAAGAAUUGGCAUUACUAAAGACAAAGGGUGUUGGAAAAAGAUCUCAAGUUGGUUUUCCCCCGUUAUUCCUUUGCAUGAUUGCAUUGAUUUGUCUCACCAUUGGGUAUCUUGUACGUGCUUAACAAGGAUUUUGCUUGGCUUUAGUAUAUUUGUAACUGUUUAGGAACUUACAAUGUCUUCAGCAUGUUGACAAUUGCAUCUUUUUUUCUUUUAAUAGUUGUCAACCUAACGAGUUUUUUCAAAAUGAGUAUGUAAAAGUGGAGUUCAUGAGGAAAAAAUAAUAUUUCAGUUAUGUAA